GAGGCACGUCGCGACUGUCGCGAGUCUCUCUCGCCGCCCGCGCUGUGAUCGCGGCUUUCUUUCACGGCGAUUGUAUCGUGCGACAAGUUGCCUGUGCGUGUGAGUGCGUGCGUGCGUGCUUGCGUGCGUGCGUGCGUGCGUCGUGCGAGCGACGCGAGCGAGAACGCGAAUAGUUGGAAGGUGAAACGUCGCUGGCGUGUUCCGUCGCGACGUUCCUCGCGACGAACGCGGUGGAGGAAGUGCGGCGCGUGGAAUCGCGCGCGGACGAUGCGACGAGGACCCGCGGGGAAGACGACGACGACGAAAGGUGGACCCUGAGAGCGCGGAUAGCAACGUCGUCGUCGCCGACGCUUUGGCAGUUGGGCGUGUGUCACGUAUUAGAGGAAGGCGCGGACACGCACGUCCCUUGUGUGUGUGUGUGUGGGUGGUGUGUGGCCAGCAGCAGCGGCGCGUGCGCGCGCGCGCAAGCGAGAACGGACACGCACGGUAGGCCUUUUGACGGAUCCGUGACCGCUCGCGCUGCAAUGGCGACAGCGCCUGGCGACUCGCCUACUUUCUAAGCUCUAUCGAGGUGAGAGGCGUCGAUCGCGAGCGAACGUGCGCGCGCGCGCGCGCGUGCAUGCGUGCGUGUGUGUGUGUUUUAUCUAUCGCGCCACGUUCCUCCGCGUGCGCCACGAAUAGUCGUGGUCGUCGGGAUCGUCAGAAGGGUCGUGUCCUGACCACACGGGGUAGGACACACGGGACGCGCGUGGCGCGAUGCGACAUGUAGUCCGCGGCAGCCGGUGCAGCCGUGCAGCAGCGUCGUCCCAGUCCGGUACGUCCGGGGAAUACGCGGCACCGCCUCGCCGCCACGGCCCUCUCUCGUUCGCGCGGAUGUGAUCCUUCCGGUGGUUCGUGGCUCGCCUCAUCCUGCGAUCUGCGAUAUUCCGCGCCGCGUGCCUCCUCGAUUCAUGUUGCUCUCGGGGCACCGCGCGCAGCUGAUCUCGCUCAAUCUUCCAAGUUCCCUCCGCGUAUGUAAAUCUCUUUCUCUUUCCUCCUUACCUCGAAUAACGAACCGCGUCAACGACGACCGAUCGGAUCAACGCGCCGCGACGUGACGCGUACAUGACUCGUUCUUCCUGAUUCUUCAACGCCUACGUAUCCGGCGAACGAUCGCGAGCUCGCCUCCUCUGACACAGUGACAUAGCGGUGGUGUGCGCGUUAAAUGCGUGCUGGCGGAACGACGCCGCGUCUCAACGUGGGGACAGCAACGGCGUGAUUUGCGGACUCGUGGACUCGCGAGAGAUCGAAGGGGAUCAUCGUCGUAGACAAACGGAGACGACCGAAACAUGGGGAACUGCUUCAGCAGCCCGACGGACGUGGAGAAGGAGAAGCCGGAUCGGAUCGGCAAUCCCAGCAUCGAGGCGGUCGCGUCGCAGGUGAGCCCGGUGCCGACGCCACCGCCGGACCCGAUCAGGCCGAUCCCACAGAUCCCGGACAUGGACGUCGCGACCGCCAAGAUAUUCGUCGCACUGUACGACUAUGACGCCCGCACGGACGAGGAUCUCAGCUUCAAGAAGGGCGAGCAUCUCGAGAUCAUCAAUGAUACGCAGGGCGACUGGUGGCUGGCCAAGAGCAAGAGGACCAGGCAGGAGGGCUACAUUCCCAGCAACUAUGUCGCCAAGCUUAAGUCGAUCGAGGCGGAACCAUGGUAUUUCAGAAAGAUUAAGCGAAUCGAGGCCGAGAAGAAGUUGCUGCUGCCGGAAAAUGAUCACGGCGCGUUUCUGAUAAGAGACUCCGAGAGCCGACACAACGAUUACUCCCUUUCAGUGCGCGACGGUGAUACGGUGAAGCACUACCGUAUCCGUCAGCUGGACGAGGGCGGCUUCUUCAUUGCCAGGCGAACCACGUUCAGGAAUCUGCAGGACCUCGUAGAGCACUACAGCAAGGACGCGGACGGUCUGUGCGUCAACCUGUGCAAGCCUUGCGUACAGGUUGAGAAACCCGUAACCGAGGGCCUCAGUCAUCGCACGCGGGACCAAUGGGAGAUCGACCGUUCGUCGCUGAAAUUCCUAAGGAAGCUGGGACAGGGUCAGUUUGGCGAGGUGUGGGAAGGUUUAUGGAAUAACACUACUCCGGUGGCGAUAAAGACGCUCAAGCCGGGCACCAUGGACCCCAAGGACUUCCUCGCCGAGGCGCAAAUCAUGAAAAAACUCCGACAUGCCAAACUGAUACAAUUGUACGCUGUGUGCACGAUGGAGGAGCCGAUCUAUAUCAUUACAGAAUUGAUGAGGAAUGGCAGUUUGCUGGAAUAUUUACAAGGUACGCAAGGAAAAGGUAGAGGCCUAAAACUGCAGCAAUUGAUCGACAUGGCGGCGCAAAUAGCCGCUGGUAUGGCGUACUUGGAGUCGCAAAAUUACAUUCAUCGAGACUUGGCUGCCCGCAAUGUUCUCGUAGCGGAUGGAAAUGUCGUUAAGAUCGCGGACUUUGGCUUGGCUAGGCUCAUCAAAGAAGAUGAAUAUGAGGCUAGAAUAGGAGCGCGUUUCCCCAUUAAGUGGACCGCCCCCGAAGCCGCCAAUUACAGCAAAUUUAGUAUUAAAUCCGACGUAUGGUCGUUUGGUAUCCUCCUUACUGAAUUGGUCACAUACGGCAGAAUACCUUAUCCAGGUAUGACGAACGCCGAGGUUCUUCAUCAGGUAGAGCAUGGCUAUAGAAUGCCAUGUCCACCCGGCUGUCCUGACACUCUUUACAAUAUCAUGCUGGAAUGCUGGAACAAAGAUCCUAUGAAACGACCGACUUUCGAGACGCUUCAGUGGAAACUCGAGGACUUUUUCACUAUGGAAGGUUCCGAGUACAAGGAAGCAUCUGCGUAUUGAAUAGGGGAUUUUGAACUAUUCUUCCAUAUUGCUCCAUUAAGAGAUACGAUAAUUGUGCCGUCGUCGUUCACGAUGGCGAUCGUUAUGGUCUUCAUUGAUCUAUUUGUGACACUAGUUUUCGCGGUAUUAUUGCACGAGUACCGCAACUUUUAUACUCGAACGAUUAAUAGAUAAUAGCGUAGUUUUAUUUAACGGUAAAAUUUUUCUUUUUCCUCUUCUCUCCCUCCCCUUCUUCCCUUUCCCCUUCCCCUUUUUUGUCUAUCUUUUUUACGUUCUCGUCUUCGCACAUUCUGUCUGCCAUAAAUCUCGAAGUAUGACAUUUGUACAUUUUUAUCUAUGUAACAAACUUACAUUGGCAUUUUGAUAGCUUUACCAGGAGCGAUGACGAGAUUUUAGAUAUUGUUUUAGACCACAGUAAGGAUGUCGUACACGUAGACGUUAAAUGGCCUUUGUAAAAUCGUUUAUAAGUGUCAGUUAGCGUGAGGCAGACCUCGAUCAUCAGGGUGAUAAUUCCGGGUGAUGAUGAUGGUAGUAGUAACGAUGUAAUAUAUUUGUGUACAAUAUAAGUUGUACUUUCUGUAUUACAAUUCCCGUGCAUACUAUGAUGCGACGUGAAGGUCGAUUUCUUGGUAAAACCGAUCUGACGACGUUAGAGACGAAAAACGACGGACCAUACAAAUGCACAAAUUUAUCAUUCCUUCUUCUCAUUCGGGCGCAUGACACGAAUUAAUUAUGACGUAUCCCCCCGCGAGGCGAAUACGCGAAAGUCAUCGACGAAACGAUUUCACGCGCCCUGUGUGCAUGCAUGUGCAAAGAUCAGAGGGGAUAUAUAACCGGUCCGUCCAAGACUGUGUCCUGACGAGUGCGUCAUAUGACGUUAUAUCUUUUCGUCUAUCCCUGUCUAUCUAUUUGUGACAAAACGUGGUAAAUACUGACACAACUGCCAAUUAACGUUUUCUAAGAUACACUUGUUACUUAUAACGUGUAAGAUCACUUUGGAAGUAUACGCGUGAGAGUAUGCAUCUGUCGAGUAUAUCUGAGAAAUGUACGAAUUUGCUAUGGCGGCGAGAAAUCAGUUUACCGUCGCAUCUUUAAGUAAUAUGAGAAGAGAAUGUACAUCACGAAUUUUAUCGUAGUCUUCGUUAAUCAUCAUUCGGACAUGUUCAUGUUAUCGAAUCCGUCAUUUUUAUAUAUUUUUAUAUAUCGUGUCUCUAAUGUUUUAUUAUACUCAUUUAUCGCGACUUUUUACGUUUGCGAAUGAUUCAAAACUUGAGAAUAAUUAUCAUUACACGUAAAGAUAAGCCGAUAAUAUUAGAUAUACUUUAUAAACUAUUGACUCUAUAAUGAUAAAUGAUGUAAAAUUAUAUAGAUAUUUUAGCAAUAUUUUGAUCCAUUUAACAUAUAUACGCAAACAUGUGUACGGAAUGUGCCAAAACCAUCGCCAUUCCUUUUGUCUAUUGAUAUUUUUCUGUGACUUUAGAGUCGAUUUUUCCGAGAUCGAAAUAUUGCUGAAAAUAAGCCCCGAGGAUUUGAUGCAAAUCGUAUAAAACAUCUGAACGUACGCACAAAUGUGUGUAUACAUAUAUAGAUAUAUAAUAUUUAAAUAUAUAUAUAUAUAUAUAUGUGUGUGUGUGUGUGGGCGUGUGUGUGUAUGUGUGUGUGGUGUGUGUGUAUGUGCGUAUGUAUGCAUAUAAUAUCAGUCUAGCAUCCAUCUUCUGUUCUGAAAUCUGAGCUGUGUUAAUAGUACCAAAUUAAUCGCAAAUUUCAAAGAAAUACGUGCUUAUGGACAAUGUUAUCGUCAGACAAAUCUUUGUAAAUCUGCACGAUAAAUCUUUGCAAUACCGUUAACCCUUAGAUUAACGAUACAUCGACCAAUUUCUCAUAUGUGAAGUUUUCUAUUUCCUUCAAUUAAGUCUUGUCUUAUAUUUCUUUGAUCAAUUUUAAUAUUUAGUAAAACAAAUAUUUAUAUAAGAAAAAUAAAUAAUAAUUUUAUAUUUUAAAGCGGUGGAAUUAAUAAAAUUGCAUGCAUGAAAUCUGAGAAUUACAAAUUGUGACAGCAUUGCACUAAGAAGUAAGAUAAAAAUACUAUAUCAAUUAUAUAUAAUAAUGAACUGUAAUGCAACGAUUACGAGCACAAAACGGAUGAAAGUUUACUGGAAUUACUGUUAAUUUUUAUCCAGACAAACUCUUUCUGUAAUUAGGAGAAAAAACGAUUUCUUUAUCGAAUAAUUAUAUAAUAAGGAUCUAUGGCGAGUGAAAAAUAAAAAUACUUUAGAUGUAUAAGAAAUAAUUGAUAAAAUAAACGCAACAGUUUUGUUUAUG